AUGGGGUAUGCCCAAAUCGGGUAUCCCCGUGUUCGUCUCGGGCAUCCUUCCUUUGCGGAGCGGGAGGCGGGGGCGAGCCAGCGCGAAACACCCGCUGGCCAAUACCCUAACUGCGGGCCCCGGGCCGAGGGGAUCGAGAUCCGAUCCAUACGUAUACGUCAAGCCGUUCCCGUUCCCCCGUCUCUUGUUCUCAUACCACCACCACCACCACGAUGGCCACACAAACCCUUCCCCCCGCCACACCCCAUUCGCCUGCCGUCCUACAAGGAGCUCGCCCUCGCUGCUGACAUCGACGGCCCUUUGGCCCGCUCGUUUCAGCCGUUGCCCAGACCGACAAAGGGCGUUGUUCUGCCGCCGCUGAAAGUCCCUUCCCGCCCCUUGCGGAAAGAAGACGGCCCAGUCCACGACCGCUUUCUCGACCUGGCGCGCCACUGUCCCGCUGCACCGCCGCCCAACAAGGAGUGGACCUCGCCUUCGCCGUACUCCGCCUACCGUCCAACCUCCGCGUCAAGCGUGACACCCGUGACCACCGCACUGCCGACGCCAAUCGUCUCUAACCCACCACCGCACCCGCUUCCUGUGCCCCAACAACAGCAUGCGCCGCAGCCCCCGCAGUACGACCCCCUCGCGAGCGAGCCCCUCCGCUUCAGCCACGCCACACGCCCCGGCUUCGGCCCGCCCGGCCGCACGAAGAAGCAGGCGCUCUCGUGUUUCUUUUGCAGGGAGCGCAAGAUUGCAUGUGGGAGGCCGGAAGAUGGGAGUGUUGACGGGCGGUGCAAUCAGUGCGCCCGACGCAAGAUCGCGUGCACCUACCCCACCGUCUCCCACCGGGGCCAACAUUCCCGUCUGAAGAGCGCGGCGCGCAGCGGAAACCGGAGUCAUAAGGGGGCCGGGCCGGAGGUAGAGGCCGGGUCGUUGUCGCCGUCGCCGGAGCGCACUACGAGCGCGAGCCCGUUGUCGGUUUCGUCGCGUGACUCGUAUGCCGGCGUGCCGUUGUUGCCCCUGCAUGCGCAGAGUCGCUAUGGCCACGGCAUGUCGUGA